AUGGGGAAUUUAAAUGGUACAUCAUACGAUAGCAAUUCCAUCCCUGGGCUCAGUCAUUCGGCUGAAACCAACUCUACAAGACCAGAUAAAUUUGCAACGUGUAAAAUUUGGAACAAAGAUUUUUCGUUUAAAACAUCUAUUACAAAUUUAAAACGGCAUCUGUUAGUAAAACAUCCAACUGUGUCAAUAAGGACAAUUAAGAACUCUCCCAGUGCGUCCACAUCAUUACAAAGGGGACGUCAAGAAGAUGAAAAUUCAGCUUUGAAGCUUGAAUAUAAUAGUGGUCCGUCUUCCACCUCAACACCAAUUCAUUUCUCUGAAUCCGAAAGGAGUACAACUAGUGAACCUUAUCAUAAUAUUACCAAUUUAUCAAAAGAUACCAUCGACCGGUUAAUACUAGAUUUGUGUAUAAAAGACUACCAACCCUUUUCAAUAGUGGAAGAUUCUGGUUUUAAUAAGUUAAUAAAAAAUUUAGCUCCCGGUUAUGUUCUACCAAGUAGAAAAUACUUAUCAGACACAUUGUUGACAAGUAUGUACGACAAAUGUUUGGCUGAACUAGUUGGAAAAUUAGAUUCAGUAAAAAGUGUUUGUAUCACUACGGACAACUGGACUUCUAUAAAGAACGAGAAUUAUAUUGGAAUAACUGUGCAUUAUAUAGACAACCAAUAUAAACUACAUCAUAACCUUUUGGAGUGUAUAAAAUUUGAAGGUCAACACACUGCACUGGCUAUUGCGGAAAAAUUACGUAAAACACUCUCUUCAUGGAACUUAUAUGACAACGUGUUAAUUUUCACUACAGACAAUGCCAAGAAUAUUUGUGAAGCGGUUCAAAUUGAACUAAAAAUUAAACAUUUUGGUUGUUUUGCACACACAUUAAAUUUAUGUGUGCAACAUGCUCUAACGGCGUCAUCACAGUCAGAACAGGAAUUGUCAGAUGAUUAUAUUAAUAACUGUGUACAUAUUAUGAUUCAAAAAAUUAAAGCGAUAGUUUAUAAUAAUGUAAAGCAUAGCCCGCAAAAUAAUGAAAAAUUAUUACAUGCUCAAACGUUACUUGGAAAAAAACAACCGCUGUCGUUGAUAAAUGACGUUAAAACACGUUGGAACUCCACGUUUUAUAUGAUACAACGGUUUUUAGAAUUAAAAGAAGCACUCGUAAUGGUAUAUGCCAAUUUACAUGUUCCUAAUACUGAAAUGCUGACAGGAAAAGAGUGGCGUAUAGCGCAGGAGAUAUGUUAUUUGCUACGUCCUUUUGAAGAAGCCACACGAGAAAUGAGCGGUGAGCAGUACUUCACCGCAAGUAAAAUAAUUCCUGUGUCCCAAGGUUUAAAGCGGGUAACCCAAACCGCGAUUACCGAGGGGAAAGUUAUGUCCAUCCAAUAUGUUGCACAAAUAUUAUUAGAUCAACUGAAUACACGUUAUAACAAAUUAGAAUUCAGUGGUUCUAUCGCAUCUUGUUCAUUUUUAGAUCCAAGGUUCAAACAACAUAUUUUUACGGAUUCCAAUGCUUUACAGAUUGUUCAAAAAGACAUUACAGCUUGGGUGACGGAAAAUAUAUUGAAAAAAUUGACUCAAGCAGUGUCCCAGACAACUGUGUUGCAAUCGAAUAUCGCCCAUACUAAAGCGACUGCAAUAUUGGAAAUUCAACGAUAUAUAAGUGACACGGUACCUGAUCGAAGAAUUGAUCCGUUAUUAUGGUGGAAAAAUAACGAACAUAUUUAUCCAAAUCUAGCGGAAUUAGUACAAAUAAGAUGUUGCAUGAUAGCCACCAGUGUACCAUUAAUACUUCAAUGUAUUACAUUCAACAAUCUUAAUUUGUUCUUGAUUAUGGCUGCUAAUAUGAAUUAUAAUAGAAGACAGGGAAUAGCUUGGCAAAAUGACUUAUACUCAAGUUUGCUUCAAGCUAUUAUCAAAGAAAAUGUUGCUGUAGAUGAAAAUACGCAUCAAACUAUUACUGAUCAGCAGUUGCUUAACUUGAGUAAAGCUGUGCAAAUGUUGUUUGCAGGUGAUGGAGUGUUGUCGAUACUGAAGAUUGAACUACUUAGAUUAAGCAAACAAGUCAAAAUUAAAGUUGUAAAUAUUAUUCGCCAGGAAGAUUUUUUAAAUUAA